AUGGCAAACAGGGAUUCAAUCACAAUUGAUGUUGAUCAAGAGACAAGAACGGCUGCUAAGCUAGAGAAAGUGCCAAUGCUAGCUGCUCCGAAGCCUGCGAAGAGAGGAUUGAAGAAAGGCAUUGCCAUUACCGAUUUCGUUCUCAGGCUUGGCGCUAUAGCGGCUGCUCUCAGUGCAGCAGCCACCAUGGGAACCGCCGAUGAGACUCUUCCCUUUUUCACUCAGUUCUUCCAAUUCGAAGCGAGCUAUGACGAUUUGCCUACUUUCAUGUUUUUUGUUAUUGCAAUGGCAAUUGUGGGAGGCUACCUAGUGCUCUCGCUUCCACUCUCAAUUGUAACCAUUAUUCGGCCCCAUGCAGCUGCACCAAGACUUGCCUUACUAAUUCUAGACACAGUGGCGCUGACUCUAGCCACUUCGUGUGCCGCGGCCGCAACUUCCAUAGUGUACUUAGCCCACAACGGAAAUUCAAGCGCCAAUUGGAUGGCGGUUUGCCAGCAGUUCACCGGCUUCUGCCAGGGAGCCAGUGGGGCUGUGGUGUCGUCGUUCGUUGCAGUUGUCCUCUUGAUGUUGCUGGUUGCGCUCUCUGCUUGUGCUCUUAGGAGAACUUGA